AUGUACCCACCAGUAUUCAAGAGAGUGUGUCUGCAAGUAAAGUUCAGCGAAGGAGUCACCGAGGAAAAGAAGGACAGCUUGAGAAUAGUACGUGAUCUUCGAGAAACGCAAGAGGAUCCGGCACAAACAGGCCAAAAACCCUUGACCCUAAAGGUCCUGAAGAGCUUGGACAUCGUCAUGGCAAAACCAUGCGCAGUUAUGUAUGAUACGGUAGAGGCCCAUAAAGUGAAGCCACUGCAAAAAAAAAUGUCAAAGCAAGUAACACCGCAAAAAGUGAGCUAUGGUAUGCAAAAAUGA